AUGCCGCGGCCUCAAGAUGAAUCGUCUACGGAACCGAUUCAAGCGUUGCCCGCUGCGGCUUCCGCUGGAAAGUUCUCUUAUAUGAGACAUUCGACUUCGACCAUCGAGCCGUUCCCAACUUCACCUUCCGAUUCAACACUUGUUUAUCGAAGAUCGACUGCCGCCUCCCUAUACGCCUCUACGCUGUCGCCACCAGGCUCAAGAUCUAUGUCACCGGCAGGGCGAGGAUCUCCUUCACGAGUUCUCUCAGGCACUGUUUUUGAUAUUGGCCAAAACCGUGGGCUACCGGAAAAUGUCGGGGAUGACCCAGGCGAACCAUUGAACUUAAUUCUAAGGUCGUUUGUGCCUCAUGUGGCUGUCUAUGCCUCACGGGACACGGAGGCUUUAAUAGGCGAGAAAGGGUUUCAACAUGGACUGUGGGAGCUAUUGCGCCCGUUUGGUGAGAAUAUCCAGGGCAAGGUCAAUAUUAGGGACAGCAACGGCGUUGGACGAAUAGUUGAGGAUUUUUCUAUACGAUUUACACGAUUCGGCGGAAACAUAGAGCGCCCAGAUGCCCUGUCGACGGGAUCUCAGCAAACACAGGCGCCUCGGAGUCAGAAUGGAGCACAAGAGAAAACUGCCGGAAACCGGUCGGCCUUGAACGAUAUUGAGGCUGUUGUUGAGCGUCAUCUCUCGUAUGCAGAGGAAUCAUUCCUCGGAAUGCCACAUCAGAGUAUCAUGACUAAAAAUGGCUCUGAUUCUGAGACGGCUUCUCCGUACUAUGCUUUAUAUUUACGACGACUCUUGUCGGGACUACCGAUCUCGGCACACGAAACGUUUGCUCAUCCUGUUGCUUGCAUCAUAGCUAUUAGCUCCCGCAAUGCAACCCCAAUCGAAGAACUGCGGCGACUCUAUACUGAAACCAGCCAAGGCGAGAAGAAAUUGCCCUCAUGGGUAGAUGGAGACUAUUUGAGGUACUAUGUUCUGGUUCACGACGAAGAGAACGACGAUAUCGCAAGGUCCAUGGCGUUGUUUGAGCAGAUGAAACGACAUCUAGGGCUUCAUUGUCAUUUAUUACGGCUACGAUGUAGUCAGAGUGUGGAAACCGAUGAUGACAGCAUCCCUCUUCCCCGAAGUGAUUGGAUGUCUGCUGCCGAAGAGUUGGCAGAAAUCCGCCGAAGUGAAAAUGACGAAGACUUCGAGGAUCCGUCGCGGUACAUAUUUGAGUCCGAUGCGACUGCUAUACGCACGUUUAUCCGCGAAAUGGUAAUGCAAUCCAUUAUCCCCACAAUGGAGCGGCACGCCACUAUUUGGAACGACCAAGUAGCCUCUAAACGCAAGGGAAUAACGGGAAGGUUUAUGAGUUUAUCAAAGAGAUGGACAGGGUUUGGCAGUAAUUCACGAUCUUCCUCCAGCGGCACCAGCACCAGCAAAGACGGCUACGACCCCUCUGGAUUCUACAGGGCUGAUACAUCAGAAGCCAUCAUGCGAAAGCUAGCUGAUUUUGCCUUCAUGCUGCGCGACUGGAGAUUGGCUCAUUCCACAUACGACCUGCUGCGAUCCGACUUUAGUGAAUCCAAAGCCUGGAAAUACCACGCCGCGACUAAUGAAAUGGCAGCUCUUAGUCUUCUUUUAAUGCCACAGCAGUUGACCUCUAAGAGCCGCGCGGAGACUGUGGACCAAAUGCUAGAGUCGGCAUUCUACUCAUAUAACACACGGUGCAGCUCUCCAUACGGGGCGACAAGAACUUUGAUCUUGGCUCAAGAGCUCCUGCGGCUAAGGGGAGGAUCAAGUAUUGAUGAUGCCGCACGAUGGUGUACCCGUCUACUUGAAUCAAAGAUUCUAGGCAAUAUCGGUGAUGCGCUACUCAAGGAGCGAUUGGCAAUCUGCUAUGCCUCCAAGCAGGGCGUUGGCAGCUGGAGCUGGGGAAGCCGACGGCGGAAAUCGGCUGCUUGGAGCGUUUUUGCAGCUAGAGCUUGGGCCCAACAGUCCAAGCAUAUCCCUGCCCAACGAUGUCUCAACGAAGCCAAGAGAAUGUACGAAACGUUACCUCAUGGCCAUGGCAUAUCACAGUUCGCCAUCGCUCGGGAGACCAUGGACUCGCUGCAACACGAACUAACGGAGAAGUUGGAGUUCCCGGCUGGGCACGAUAGGGGUAUAGCGGAAGAUGCCAUUGAUGAUGGUAUAGAUGAGGAAAGCGAGGCAUUAACAGAUAUGCGCUCGAGGAGAGCAAGCAAUCUGGCCCGAGACCGGACUUUGGAGACGGCACCCCUACACAAUGAGGAAAUGAGCAAAGAUACCAAUGAAGAAAUAGAUAAAGAGGGCUUUGAAUAG